CAUUUUAUUCAGUACUAAAUACUAACCGUGUUUAGUAAGUGAUCAAUAAAUUCUUUUUUUAAGAACGAAGCAAAUUAUCAUCAUGAUGAAAAUAUUCUUCUUGGCCUUCAUUGGUAUGUUGUCAAUUUCCAUGACAUUUGCACAGGAAGCCACUUGUCUACCACGCGGAAGUGAGUGUCUUGGAGCGUCUUUAGGUUGCUGUAAGCCAACUACUUGCAUGUUCUAUGCUAACAGAUGUGUUGGUGAUGGACUAAUUAUUCCAGACGAACAGCCACCAAGACCUGCAGUUGAAGCACCAAAACCUGGAAAUUGUUUAGCACGUGGAAGUGAAUGUCUUGGAUCCAAUUUGGAAUGCUGUAAGGGAACAACUUGCAUGUUCUAUGCUAACAGAUGUGUCUUAACAAAUUAAUAAUUGUCAAGGUUAAAUACAAUAAUUAUUAUACCAUUAUGCCGAAAAGUUUGAAGUUACCAGUUCUUGAAUAAAAACCAGGGUGAAAAUAUAAA